AUGUGGGGAGUCCUAAUCUCGCUUUAUCUGUUUAUUCUCGUUGUUCAGCACUCGCGCUGGUCCACGCUCGAUACUUCGGAUUGGCGGUAUCAUUAUAUAGGAUCCUCGGUCUCGUCGACGUCAUUUCUCAAAGUGCCGCCUCUCUCCAUCUCUGAAAUUGCUCACAUCAUCGGUAGUCGAUUCUUAUCGAGCUCGCGCCUACAAGCACUGACAAUGUAUAUCUCUGCUAUCUUCACGACAAUGCACCGAACACGCCGAUGGCCGAUGGGCAAUCGCACAAAUUCUCAGGCAUCGGCAAUCGUUGGCUCGAACCACUUCCCUAGACGUUCCCUACACCCUCCUCACGACCCCUUUGCGCCAAAACCAUCCUAUCCGUGUCACGCCUCAAGAGUACACAGCGUUCAAUAA